GAAGCGUGGGGGGCGGAGCCAGGGAGCCGCGAGGCCCUUGGGAGCCGCGGUCGGCCAGGGGCCUGAACUUAACUUGGGCCUGGGCUGGAGCGGGCGGUGGGAGAAGAAGGGGCGGGUCCCACGCCGCGGCUGGGACUGGGCUGGGGGCUGGAGAGAGGGGACGUCCGAGGCCCGGCCGGGAGGGGCGGGGCGGGGCCGGCAGGGGGCGGGGCCGACUCCGCCGCGGCCAACGGCUGCUGCAACCGCCGGGCGCUGCGGCUUCCGCGCGUCCCCGCCGCGCGCGCCCUCCGGUCUGCCGGCUUGGCGUCCUGGCUGCCCUCCUGUCGGCGGCCCUGUCACCCUCUUUCUUCACUUCUCGUGGUCCGUGCCCGCGGGCCCUCUCCCUCCGGCCUCCCUCUCCCCCGCCUGUGGUUCUCCGGAGCUUCGGAGUCCGAGGCCUGAGGGCCCGUCCUCGCGCCCUGCUCUGCCCCGAGAGCGACGGAAGAGCGGGGUCCCGCGCAGAGCUGAAGGAGGUGAAGGAGUGAGCUCUGUGGCUAUCUGAAAGAAGAAUGUUCCAGACAGAGGAGCUUGCUUGGCUCAGUUACUUCCCCUCCAAAAAUUCUCUGCUGCCUUGAUCUGGACAGAUGCCCCUUUUCUGUUCUACAUGUUCUCCUGUUUACCUCUGAAGUAACACUUGAAGUCAUGGAAGAAGUGACAUCGUGCUCCUUCAACAGCCCUCUGUUCCAGCAGGAAGACAAGAGAGGGGUCACCUACCGAAUCCCAGCCCUGCUCUACGUGCCCCCCACCCACACCUUCCUGGCCUUUGCUGAGAAGCGCUCCACCUGCAGGGAUGAGGAUGCUCUCCACCUGGUGCUGAGGCGAGGGGUGAGGACUGAGCACUCAGUACAGCCAACAGUUGUGGACUCACCACUCAGCUCAAGAAAUAGAAUACUGCCAGCACUUCAGAAGCUUCUCUUAUGCCCCUUCUCCUUCCCAAAGUGGGGACCCCUGAAGCCACUGAUGGAAGCCACCUUACCUGGGCAUCGGACCAUGAACCCCUGUCCUGUGUGGGAGCAGAAGAGUGGCUGUGUGUACCUAUUCUUCAUCUGUGUACGGGACCAUGUCACUGAGCGUCAGCAGAUUGUGUCAGGCAGGAAUGCUGCCCGCCUCUGCUUCAUCUGUAGUCAAGAUGCUGGUUGUUCAUGGAGCGAGUUGAGGGACCUGACUGAGGAGGUCAUUGGCCCAGAAAUGAAGCGUUGGGCCACAUUUGCUGUGGGCCCAGGUCAUGGCAUCCAGCUGCAGUCAGGGAGGCUCGUCAUCCCUGCAUAUGCCUACUACAUCCCUUACCGGUUCUUUUGCUUCCGGCUACCAUGUAAAGCCAGACCUCAUUCCCUGAUGAUCUACAGUGAUGACCUAGGCGCCACAUGGCACCAUGGCAGGCUCAUUAAGCCUAUGGUGACAGUGGAGUGUGAAGUGGCAGAGGUGACUGAGAGGACUGGUUACCCUGUGCUAUAUUGCAGUGCCCGGACACCAAACAGGUGCCGGGCAGAGGCUCUCAGCACUGACCAUGGUGAAUGCUUUCAGAGACCAGCCCUGAGCCAACAGCUCUGUGAACCCCCACAUGGCUGCCAAGGCAGUGUGGUGAGUUUCCAGCCCCUGGAGAUCCCACAUGGGUACCAGGACCCUAGUGGCCAAGAUGCUCCUACCAUUCAGCAGAACCCUCUGCUGGACCGCUCACUGAGGCUAGAGCAGGAAGCUGGAACACUGUCACAAUCAUGGCUCUUGUAUUCACACCCAACUAGUAAGAAACGGAGGGUCAACCUAGGCAUUUACCUCAACCAGACCCCCUUGGAGGCCGCCUGCUGGUCUCGCCCCUGGAUCUUGCACUGUGGGCCCUGUGGCUACUCUGAUUUGGCUGCUCUGGAGAAGGAGGGCUUGUUUGCCUGUUUGUUUGAGUGUGGGAUCAAGCGAGAGUGUGAGCAGAUCGCCUUCCGUCUGUUUACAGUCCAAGAGAUCGUGAGCCAUGUGCAAGGGGACUGCACUAGCCCUGGUAGGAUCUCUGAGCCAAUUCAAAACUAAUUGGCUUAGGACUCAACUUUCCAUAGAAGGGAAACCACAGAAGACAACCACAGCCAGGAUAAUAGAGGCCAGGAUAACAGGUUACUAAAGUCUAUAGAGAAUCCAAAACCUUAAGAUUCUGCUCCCUACAUUUUUUCACUUCUCCUUUUCCAGAGGACAAAAUGAUAGUUUUACCAUAGCUACUGCAGUGGAAAGAGCACUGAACUGUUGAGGUAGAAGACCAUGAUGUGGUCCUGGUUCUGCCAUUGCUUGCUUUGGGACCUUGGACAUGUCACUUGAACUCUCCCGGCCUCAUGUCUCCAUCCGUAAAAUGAGAAGAUUGGUUCUGUGAUCUCUCUUCUUCCCAUCCCAAUGGAAGUCAGAGGAUUCAUCUUUUCAAAUGACUUUCCACUUACCCAAGUGUGAGGUGCAAGCAGGUAUCAUAAUAUGGAGGACUAUCUGGAUGGUUGGUUCUGUUUUUAAUAACAAAAACACCCACACCCUUCUAAUCAUGCUCAGAGUCUACAGGCUCUCUAUCCUAGAGGAAUUGGGCAAAACAGUAGAAUCAUGAGGUCACCUACCUUCUCCAGCUUUGCAGCUCUGUUCAACUUUGCCUUCCUCUUCCAGAAUGCAUUAUUUCCUAGGGAGAAAAUGAGAAGCUCAAUGCCAGUCAUUCUUGAUAAUGGUGCUUAUUGUUUCUGAUGGCAUCCUAUGAAAGAUGAACCUGAAGUUCAUUUAUUAUGAUGGUUCCUGAUGGAAAAGGAUGUGGGUUAGGACUUUAAAGCAUUGAACAAAACUUCCCACAGUGUGCCCACAGGGAGUUCACAGUUUAUGGGGCUAGAAGAGGGAGAAAAUUUAAGAAAAUAAGUGCAGCUGGUGGGGUAGUUUGUUGACGUUGGGCUCUAAGAUGUAGAUAUAGAUGUAGAUGUUGGUGUGAUGGUAGCUCCCCCUGUCUUUGUCUUGGUUGUAUCUUCAUUGUGCCUGGAGUCAUCUGCCCCAGGCUUAUCCAUGCUGCUGUGUUCCCCCCAAGUUCGUUUUUCUCAGAACAUUGUCCUGGCUCAGCCACUCUUUUACCCAUGGAGAAGGUCUUCAUCAUUAAGAAGGUUUCUGCACCCCCAAACCUCUGAGUCAGGCCUAUUUGUUUGGACCUACUGAAAUCACUAUUUGUGACGUAGGGACGCCUCUUUGUCUAAUAGGUUUGGGGCUGAGCUUUGCCAGCGCUGGGCCUCUCAGAUGAUACCAGAUUGGUUGCUCUUAUUUUAGAUCAUUUCCCCCAUAGCCUGUUAUUGUGACAGAAAUUCUAUCCUGAGACAUUUCUUUUUUGUCUCUAUUUUAGGAGGAUAAUGCUUUAAACUGGUAUCAGCUAAAUAUAUUUGGUGCUGGGUAAUGACCCCAGAGAGCAAGUCUUCAUCGUGGCACAUGGCCUAGAGGGCUGGGGGUUAAGGCUGCACCAGUCAGAUGGGGGAGAGUCCUACAGGAUACAAGUAGAGACUGACUUCACCUGCUUCAGCAUAUGGCCUAGACUGGCUUUUUAAAAUUCCUUUAGCCUCUCAUACAUUUGCCAAAGUUAUCUUUUCAGUACACAGUUGUGAUCGUUCAUGCACUCUUUUAUACAUUUAUCUAAAUAUUUCUUGAGUGCCUAUGCAUAAUGUAAGGUACUUUCUAUUGCCAUUCCCCAACUGAAAGUCGUCUGUGGCUCCUCUUUGCCUACUAAGGGUGUUUACAUGUAGUCUGGCAUGUAGGACCUUCAGUUGGUGGGUGAAAUAAUGAAUACUUAUCUCUACUUCUUUAUAUGAACCCCACCAUCACAGAAGACCUCUGUCAAGUUGGCCAGUAGAGGGACGUGGGGAGGUUUGAGGGUGGGCAGAGUUGGUGAUGCAGGGAGAAAUUGGUGGAGAGAAGAGGAUUAAACGGGCAGCCCCCUCCUGAGUAGUAGAAACUUCUUGUUCAGCAAAGCUUUCCUGAACACCAUACGGCAAAUAGAUAGGAAGAGGGAGGAUGGCUAAGUCCUACAACCAGGACUCAAGGAUGAAGAGAGUGAGAAUAUCAAGACUCUUUGGAACCGUCCAAGAAGGGACUCAAGGAAGGGACCUCAGUCAUGUGGCAGUCACUUCUGCACACUGCAGAUGUCCAGUAUCAGUACUCAACAGAUGUCUCAUCCAUCUCUAAAUUGCCCUCCCCUUUCUCCUUCCUCUUUGCCUCAUGUUUGCUUCUUUUUAGUGACUAGCAGUGAAACUUAAAAAGCAAAGGGCCUAUGUGCAUACUUCAGGAAAAACAAGAAAAGAGAGUUGGGGACAGGAGUAAUCCAGAAUAAGGAUUAGAGAGAGGAACAGAGUGGGUGAUGGCAGCUGUGAAGGAAAAGAACAGCAGAUAGGAGUCCUGGCACCGUUAGGAAGAGAAAGUGGCACAGACAUGAGGCCUAGGCUGGAGAGAGGGCGUAGGUGGUGGCCGCUACGAAGAAGAAAUGACAACAGGCUGGAGCUGUUCCCUGAAACAUUUGGGAAGGAAAAGAGGCCUGCACAGGCCAGCAGGUUACGCUGCAGAUAAGUUCCUACCCAACCCCGUAACUUUUACUGGCUUGACUUGUCCAUGCCUCAGGUGACCAACAAAAGCAGCUGUAGGCACUCCAACUCAUGUUGUGCCAAUUACCCAAGGCCUUCAGGGCUCUGUGACCUAUACCAUGAUAGGGGCACCCUAAUGGAGCCCAUUUCAGCCAUUCUCAGGUUGGUAGAAUGGAAAAGACAGGGCAGGUGAUGGCAGCUGUGAAGAAAAGAGGAAAGCAGACUGUAGGCCUAUAAUCUAGAGGAUUAAAGAGAGGACUGCAUAGGCUGUGGUCCUUUGCCCCCGAGGCCCCACCCUGUCCUUGGACCCUUAGAAUGGAUCCAUCCAGCACACAUGGCAGGAAAGCACAGGUAGGGGCCUCCUACUGCUGGUAUGUACCCAGACCAGCCUCCCACCCAUUUCACCUGCCAGUCCUGCUCAUGCUCCCUAACUCGUGGUUCACUCACUUCUAGGCUCCUAGUAUUUACCUCAGGCCCUUGUUAUUUGGAUGCUCUCUUUGGACCUAUUUCUCCUGGUCACCAUUCUCCCCUCAGAUAUCCACUUGAUUUCAUGAAAUUGCAGCCAUAGGUAAGAGACCUUGCACUCUGCCUGUUGGCUAACCCAAGGGACCCACAGAGGUCAACCUGAGCCUGCACAGCUGCUUCCCCAGGGCGGUAGGAUUCAAUAUUUUCACUUCAGCCAGAUUAGGCUGCUCAGUCUUCUCCAGUAAGCCAUGAAUUUUCCCCACUGCGUUACUCAGUAGAUGUCACGUCAUCUUUCCCUGUGCUCCGGAGUGCGCAGUCUGAGCCUCCCCAUGGUCCUUACCACAGGAUGCCCUGUAUUGUUGCCUACGUUGUGCCUUCUAGGCCUCUGGUAGGCUGUGAACUCCCUGAGAGCCAAGUUAGUCUGACUCCUCUCUGUGUCUUUUUUACCUUGAAUCAUAAGACUUAUUUAUAAAUAUAUACUUUUUCUAUCAUAUUCUGAAUUCUCUAAAGGUCAGGAUUGUGUCUGAUUCCUGUCUUUGUCCUCUGCACCCAACACAGGGCCUGGCAGAGAAUAGACAGCAGGGAAGUUAUGCUGAUUUAAUAAAGGAGUCAAAGACUCUUGGCCUUCUGGAGCCCACUGAGAAGGUCAGGGCGAGUUCCCCCACAGGGAGGAGCAUGUUGCAUCUCUGUGGAUCGCAUAGCACACUAAACCUGCUGAACGCUCAGCCUAGGUGAGCCUUCUCUGUCCUGGCCUGCUUCCAGAUCAGUCACAUUACUUCCUGGGAAUGAGCUUUUCUCUGGCUUCAGCUUGGUCCUGCCUGGAAUGUCCCAGGGAUCACAGCCCAAGCCCAAAGCCAAGCCUUGAUUUGGGGUUCUUAUUUCACUGGUAUUUACCCCCGUCCCUGAUUGGAUUUUCUGUAACUGCCACUCCUCCAAGACUCAAAGGGAGAUGCCGGGGCUUAGUGAGUUCUGAGCGUGUCUUGGCCAUCUGAUAGCAGGUGCCAGAAAUACUCUCUGUACGAUAAAAACUGUCAUGACUCUUUGGAACAAGAAAGAUGAAUAAACAGCUUAAUAGUGCUGA